AUGCGAGCCGUGGCGAGAGUGUUUGCGCUUCUUUUGUUUUUCACGACGGCUCUGGCCUCGGUGGACAAGCCGAGAUUUUCACAGUCGCAUAUCCGAAGCCUUUUCCAGCCACUUCACCUUCGCAUCAUCCUCACAGGGGAUUCAAUGCAGAUCCACGGACAGCUUGUCUUCGACGUUUUUGCCAGCCCGGUUCUGUCUGCCGACAACUCCAGCGUACGCUACGAUGGCGUCGCCACAUUUAUUGAGGACGAGAAGGAAUUUACGUACGUUCUUGCAGAUGGAGCGGCAUACCUCGCAGAGAGUUCACGUGUCCAAAACCACAUCAAGCGGAAAGUGAGAUGUCUUUCAACGAUCACCCCCUUUGAUGAAAUUGUGUCGGCGCUAAAUAACCUCACGGUUACUCCAUACUCAAGCAUUCAAGACAUUCCUUUUGACUGUGCAAGCAAAACGGCGUACACGACAUCUUUCGGUGGUGAGAAAUUCGUUUUGUGCCAGGCCCGUGAUGCAGAUUACGGUUUUGUGGCAUACAGUGAUGUUGUCAUUAUGGUAGUGGAGUAUAUGAGCGGUGACCUCAACAUAUCUGCUCCGACACCCACUGAUGGAGCAAAAUACUACACCGGUAGUUCCGACGGUCUGCAUGCAGAGUAUGCGACAUACGCAACUCUGCUAUGCUAUCCUAAUAUCUGCGAUACUUCAGAGUUUGCGGACCCCACAACCAACAUCUUUUUCAAGAGCUUCCUGGCAACCAAAUGUGACCCCAAGUUCGCAACAAAUUUAUGGUUUAUUCAAGGAGGUCCCGGACAUGCUUCCAUUGGCGUGGAAAUCGACAUGCUGGAACUGCACCCGAUUCUGAAAGGAGAGCUAACAUGUACACGAUGGACCAUGGCGGAACUGGGCGAAGCACUCGACUAG